AUGGCGUCUCUCCGGCGGCCGUCCCAGUUCUUCGGUACCAAGUCCGACUUUAGUGUGCCGCGGCCGCGCGCGCCGCGUGUCGACGACCAGGGGCGCAAGCGGGAUGUGCGCCAGAGCAAGGUCGAGGAGAAGAUGAAGACGCGGCGCACCAGCCGGUACGCAGGGCCGGACUUUAGCAUGGGCGGGGGCGGAGAUGACUAUCUCGCCUCUGAUCCGUACCAGUUCACGCUGGAUGUGGCGCCGCCCAUCAUGGAGGCGGACGAAUAUGCCGAGGAGCCCGAGAGCUUGGGGCCCGUUCGCCCUCGGCCGACCACGACGUAUCAGCGCCCUUCCCCCGCAGUCGUCAACCUGCAACUGGAAGACGAUGAUGACGAGGAGGUCACGGAACGCAACGAGGUGCAGGAUGAGCAGAUACGGCCCCGCGCACAGGAGGAGUGGGACUUUAGCGAGCUGGGCAAAGACGAGUUCGAACUCCAGACCUACUUGCGCCAGGUCUUGGCUGGCGCUGACGAUGCCGAGAAGAAGCGCUUGGUGGCUGCACUGCAGCGCAGAAAGGAGGAGACUUCCAAGGACCUACGCCAGACUGUCAUCAAGAACUACGCGGAGUUCGUCAACGUGUCAAAGGAGAUGAUGACGCUGGAGAACGACAUGAUCGAGCUCAAGGAGCUUCUCAUGGAGUGGAAGACAGUGCCGCAGCUCAUGGGCAUGGACGACUCGCUGGCGCCGACGCUGAACAAGGACGGAACUGUUGAGCGGCACAGGUCUAGACGCAACUCACCGCGCGACUUGAACCAGAUGUACCGCGCGCAGCUGACCACCUUGUGGUCUUCGGUCGAGGGUUCCCAGAGGUUCAUCCCGCAGGCGCCGGGCCGCCGCCUGGUGACUGAGACGCACGGCUUCGUAGAGCUCAACCCUGCGACAUACAAGGCGAAGCAGAACGUCAGCCUAUUCCUGCUCAACGAUCUUCUUCUUGUAGCCGGGCGCAGACGAGUCAAGGCGAGUGGAGUAGCCAACGGGAGCAACGAGCCGGACCAGGGUCGCAUGGUGGCGGACCGGUGCUGGGUGCUGGCCGACUUGCAGAUCACGGACGUCAAGGACACGGGUGACUUGACGAACGCGCUCAAGGUCAAGCGGGGGAAGGACAUUUUUGUGUUCCGCUGCGCCAAGGCCUCGGAGAAGAAGGCGCUGCUGGCAGCGCUUCGACAGGUGUCGCAGGACCUGCUGGACAGGAGAAGGAAGGAGAGCGAGGCAGAGCAGGAACGGCGGCGGUCGAUGUGGCACGGUGACGCCGUCAACGCGCGCAUGACACGCAUGUCGCUCUUCGUGGGCGGGGACCAGAUGGGAAAUGGACGUCCACUCUCGACGAUCGGCACCUCCCUCGCCGACUCGAAGGACCUGCUGUGGAUCGACGAGUUUGCCGAUGACCUCACGAUGGCGAUCGCGACCCAGGACUGGGACGAGAGCGUCAAGCUUGUAGAACGCGGGCAGGGUUUGAUGCGCACUGUGUCAAACAACGCCGAGGCCUCUGAGAUGUUGCAGUACCGCCUCGACACGCUGCGACCGACGGUGAUCCGGAAGAUUGCACAGGACCUGAGUUCGCCCGAUAUCCGCAAGACGAGUGCGGCGCGCCUCAUCGCCCUUCUCACGCGCCUGGACCGCGCCGAGCUUGGACGGGACACCUUCCUGAAGGCGCGGCACGAUCUGAUGGUGCGCCUCGUGCGCUCGAUCAAGCACGAGGGCGACAUUAGCCUAUACAUCAAUGAGCUGGCUGCUGUGUGCUUUACGGUUCUGCGCCACACCAGCGACUGGUACAUCAACGCAUUCCAGGACAACCGCAUGGCGUCGGGCUUUGUCAGCUGGGCCAAGGAGCAGAUCGAGUACUUUGGCGACGUCUUCCGGCGGCAGGUGUACGCGCCCGCGAUCGACAAACGCACCGUCGAGGAGUGUUUGCGGGUGACAGCAGGCGCGAACCGCAAGCUUUUACGCGACGUUGGACUCGACUUCACCUUCCUCAUCGAGGCGCGAACCGCACCCCCUGACGCGCCUGCCACAAACCGUCAAACGGCCCACGGCUUCCGGCCCGAGAUGGCACAAUUUGUACCAUCCAUCCCGAGCCUCCCGAGCCCCGCCGGCUCGGCUUCUCCCAUCCCCAUACCCAGCCCCGACCCUGGGCUACGUGGUCCUACAGCUCCGCUCGCCGUCCCCCGUCGUCCGAGCCGCGAUGCGACUCUGGCUCUGACGCCUCCUAGCGGCAUGCACUCGGCGAGCAGCACGAGUAUAACCUCGGCCAGCUCGGGCGGUCGCAGCGCCGGUAAUGUCCCUCGUCCCCCGCCGCGUAGUGAGCGGCGCUCACGCCCACCUCCCCCUCGUCCCGAGUAG